AUGCAGACGGAUUCAGUAAACGAAAAGGCCUCGACCCCGACGCCCAUACCUCCGGAGGGAGACGAGCCUGUGAAAUCAUCGACAAAGGCAAAGCCAGGAGCGUCAUGGAAAACAGACGAGACGCACGUAUUGCCUCAUAAUAAUUUGACCCUGGUCUUUUCCGGGCUUAUGUGUACGGUGUUUUUGGCUGCCAUAGACCAGACCAUCGUGGCCACUGCAUUGCCAACUAUAAUCGAGAAGCUAGGUGGUGGAAAACAAUACAGCUGGAUCGGAACUGCGUACCUACUAGCCUCUGCCGGACUUUCACCGCUGUACGGAAAGCUCUCUGAUCUUAUAGGCAGAAAGCCCGUGCUAUAUACCUCUAUCAUCAUUUUCUUGGUUGGCUCAGCGCUAUGCGGUGCAGCGCAGAGCAUCACGUGGUUGAUUGUGGCUAGAGCUGUGCAGGGUAUCGGAGGUGGUGGGAUUAUCCAGUUGGUUAAUAUCACGAUUAGCGAUAUUGUUCCGCUGGCAGAUCGUGGCAAGUAUGGAGGGCUUAUUGGAGCGACGUGGGGUAUUGCGAGUGUUGUUGGGCCGUUGCUUGGAGGAGUUUUCACAGACCAUGUUUCAUGGAGAUGGUGUUUCUUCAUCAACCUUCCGACCGGAGGCGUCGCUGCCGGCAUUCUCUUCUUCUUCCUGAACUUGAAUCCGCACCAGGGACGUUCUUUCAGGGAACAUGUGGCAGACUUUGACUUUUUGGGUCUGUUCCUGAUCGUGGUGGGUAUCGUGCUGGUUUUGCUAGGGUUUAAUGAGAGUGAGACGUCAUGUGGGUUUAUUUUUCUCUUUUUUUCUUUUUUUGUGUUCUGGAACUCGAAGACGACGAUUUCGUUCCUGACUGUUGGGUUUGUGCUGUUGUUGUUGGGAGGAGUGAACGAAUAUUUUACGACCCGAUCUCCUAUUGUCCCACCGCGAUUGUUCAAGACACGUACAACAGGGAUUAUCCUGAUCACGACAUUCCUACACGCACUCGGAUUCUUCUCGGGUGCUUAUUAUUUACCAUUGUAUUUCCAAGUUCUCGGCGCGUCGGCUACGCGUGCAGGUGUCGAGAUGCUGCCGUACUCGCUGGGCUGCGCGGUGCUCUCAGCGUUGUCGGGUGUGUUGGUGUCCAAGACGGGGCGGUAUAGACCUGUGAUGUGGGUUGCGUUCGCGGUGUUCGCCACGGGGAUGGGGUUGAUGAUUAUGCUCGAUGCGCAAUCUACCACAGCGGAGAAAGUUUUAUACCCCCUCGUGGCUGCUGUGGGAUUGGGGUGCUUGUUCCAGACGCCGUUGAUUGGACUGCAGGCAGCGAUGCCGAUAAAAGACAUGGCGACGAGUACAGCGACAUUUGGUUUCAUUAGGACCAUUGGCGCUACGGUUGGAAUUUCGAUUGGCCAGGCUAUUUACACGAGUUCGUUGAAAAAGAAGUUGGAGGGUAUGGGCACGCCUGGCGGCAUCGACACGUCGCCUGCGGCGCUUAGCCAGAACGUGCGCAAUCUGAAGAAUAUCCCUGAUCCCGUGGUGCGGGCAUCUGUGAUUGACGCCUAUGCCAAGUCUAUCAGCACGAUUUGGCUGGUGAUGACACCAAUUUUGGGCGCCUGUUUUGUUAUGGUUUUGUUUCUUAGGAAUUAUACGCUUGCGCGGAAUAUUGUGCGCGCUGGACCGAAGGAGAAGGAGAAGCAGGAUGUCGAGAAGGGGGCUGGUGAGAGGGAGAAUGACAAGGACACGGAUGAUGUGACGGUUGGACCGACGACGAGCUCUGGGUCUGCCGGGGAGUCUAUGCACAAGGAGAGCAAAGAGGGUGACCGGUGA